CGCUCAGCCCGCCCUCCCUCGUCCGCGCCGAGUCUGCCCAGCGCCUUCCCGAGAGACGGGGACUGCUGAGCGAGGCGGCCCGAGAGCCCCUCCCGGGAAGGGGGCAGGAAGCUUGUUAGGGGCCCGACCCCUGCCCCUGCCUAUCGCCACAUCCCAGUAAGGGAGGGCGACUUCAUCUUACCAAAGAGGAAACUGAGAUAAAGGAGGAUGUGAAGUACUGUGGCAUGAACAGACUUAACGUUGAACGGGCUGUAAAAGGAGAAACCUAAAACCACCACUAGGUUUUGAUUGGACUCUGGGAGGCUGGAGGGAUCCCGUCUUCUCUCCUGGACCAGAACACCAGUUCUCCUGAAGCGAUAGGAUGUGCAGCUGAGGCCAAGGGCAGCCCACACAGAUGAGGAGAUCAGGGUAGAAGAAGUUCACAGCAGGCCUACGACGCUCCCCUUCCCCCCUUGCCUCUGCCCUCCUGACCUUGGUGGGGGCCGUUAUCUGGCUUGUGCCCCUCUCUUGGUGGUCAGCAGGGGGUUCUCUCCUUGCCACUGUGGGAGCUUGGUGCCUGCCCAUAAGGAGACUGUAGCCAUGUAAGCUAAGUGCUUUUCUUCUUUGGCAUUCUGGCCACUGGGGGGAGAGGCUGCCUUCGCUCACCGCCUGGACCCAGCUGACCAACAUGCCCCGUGGUGGAUACCUAAGUCUUUAUUUCUCUAUUUUCCUUGCCCCUAUCCUAUGGAGUGAGGGCCUGGAGCCCCAGACCGAAGAGUGUGCCAUUACAGGGAGCCUCCGAGAAAAGCUUCAGUACAAGAAUCGGCUCCGGUAUAUGAAACACUACUUCCCCAUUGAUUACAGGAUCAGUGUGCCCUACGAGGGAGUGUUCAGAUUGGCCAACAUCACCAGGCUGCAGCAGGCAGAGCUGAGUCAGCCAAAUCUGCGGUACCUGUGGGCCUCACUGAACUGCAACACUAUGGAGAUCAUCCAGAAUGUUCUAUUGGAAGAUCACCCAUCCUGGAAUUAUAUUAAGGAAAUAUAUGAACUUCUGGUCUAUGUCCGGGAAAUUGCAGUGGACCUGCAAGUGGACCCCCGGGUGGAGACAAUCUUGACUCUUGCAAACUCAGGCAAGGACCGGAAGCUGGUGAAGCCGAAGGCACUUCUUGACAAUUGCUACAAAGUUAUGGAUCUACUUUACUGCUUGUGCUGUAAAGAGAGCAACAUCCGAAAUUGGGAAGACUGCAUCGUCCCCCAGGCUCAGCCUCACAGCCACCAGCCUCCUCCACAGUGUGCCGGCCCAGCCGCUCUUCUGUACCGUCCUUCACAAGCCCAAACGCCUCUGGUCGGGGAGAGAGAGCUGAGGCCCCCCCAGGUCGAGGCUGACCCCCAAAGGCAGGCGAAGCUGGGGGAAGAUCGCUUUAUACCCUGAGCAAGCCCUUCUGCCCUUGACUCUCCUCUGGAGCCCAGUGGGGACUGCUUGGGCCCAACCUCUCAAGCGUCUCAGGCCUGCAAUUCUCACCUCGGCAUUUGGGAGGGAGGCCCUUGGAAGCCCCCUCCCCCACCCCCAUUCCUAUCCUGGGAAUAGUCCCUUGUGGAGCAGCUCCGAGAAGGAGACCCUCUUCCUAAUGAGGAAACCUCGGGUCAGAGAAGCACUCCAUUGCCUUCUCCCUCACUUCUCUCCACAAGCCUGGUGUCUCUCUUCCUAUUUCUCCUUUUGCCUCAGAAACCCUUAGUGACUGGAGCUGGUGCAGGCAGGUCUCAGCCCCCUCCCAUGGGCUCCAGGAGACAGGGCAGAGGGCUCUGCCUUUGGAACAGGCCUGACCCACCUUGUCUGCUUGAGCCCUCAUCCUCAUGGUUGGGAAUUAGGUCCCAGACCCCUGCUGGUGCGUGAUAGAAGAGAUGAGGGGCUUCUCAGUACCAAGAGAGCUGAGUAGGGCCCCAGGAGAGCUGGGGCAGCUUCCUCCAGGAAUGGCUAGUGGGGUGGGAGUGGCGCAGAGUGUGCAGUCGAUGGUGGCUGAUGGGGGAGUGGACCCCAAAUCACCUCCCGGCUGAGUCCGUGCCUUCAGUUUCAGUAAAAAUCAGACCCAUCCCGGCCACCUGACUCCCUUUCAAGGGCAGAGGCCAAAAGCAGGAAGGGGAAUGUUGUCCAAGUGCUUUGAACUCUUCAGGGCCAAAGAAUGCUGGGAAAGUCUAGGGCUAUUACUGAGAGGGAAGGAGAGGGAGCAAGCCGCUUGCACCAACCGGCCAGCAUGCUCUGCUGAGCUGGUGGCCUCGGGUGUUGCUCCAGGAGAGCUAGUCUCACUUGAGGUGAGAGAGCUAAAAGAUUCCCUCCUGCGAGAAUGACACCCUGGGCAGUUUGGAGGCUCUCCCCCAGAGAGAGAAAACCGCAUUCUAUAAACUGAAGGGAGUGCUGUAUUCCUUCAGCGGGCCAGCUUUCUGCAGGCCCGUGGAAUGCCCUUUGGCCCUGGUUGGGGGUGGUGGGGGGGAAGUUCUGGGAAUGGAGAAAAACUGAGGGCCCCCUCCUCUUUGAGAGCCCCCAUUCCCUGAUGAUCGCUCCCAGGAGGACCAGGGAGGAGCGCCUCCUCAGCUCCUGGGGCUGCUGCUCCCCUUGUCCAUCAGGCUUUGAGGAAGGGCUCUGGCGGGCUGCAUUUUCGUGUGGGGGUGGGGGGUUAGGAGCGGAGCCCACUGGAGACAACAGCCUGGGGACUGGGGAGGAGGAGUGGGGUGCAUUAAAAUGCCAUGUCUUGCCACGCUGAUUCUUUUCCAUUUCUUUAAUUUUUUUCUAUUAAAUACUCGUUUUUCAUUUGA